AUGGAUAACCAGCAACAAAAAUCAUCAGUAACCAAAAAACUCCCAACAAACAAAACUCCAGGACUAGAUGGAUUUACAGGUGAACUCUAUCAAAUAGACUUCCCUGCCCCUACCAACAAGGAGACUUUGUACCAGGUCCUGAUUUUAGUGUUCGAAUCCCACAACCUGAAGCUGAAGAAGCCGCCCGGGGUGCACAUGCCGUCGGCCAUGACGGUGUACGCUCUGGUGGUGGUGUCUUACUUCCUCAUUACCGGAGGAAUACUUGAUGAUGUUAGUGUUGAACCUUCAAGCGUUGGCUCCAUGACCGAUGACCAUGGACCUCAGAGACCAGUAGCUGUCUUGGCCUACAGAGUAAAUGGACGAUAUAUUAUAGAAAGACUCGCAUCCAGCUUCCUGUUCACAAUGGGAGGUUUAGGUUUCAUAAUCCUGGACCAAUCGAACGCACCAAACAUUCCAAAAGUCAAUAGAUUUCUUCUUCUAGUCACUGGAUUCGUCUGUGUCCUUUUGAGAUUUUUACUGGCUAGAGUACUCAUGAGAAUGAAACUGCUGGGCUAUCUGAUGGGUUCAAAUGCCUUUUGA